UUAAUACUCAAAGUGGACCCCAUUUUCAGUGACUUUAUUACCCGACCCAAAUUACACGACAUCUUCCUAAUCAAAUUGUCCUAAACAAACACACACAAAAAAACCCUUUAUGUCUUUUUAUUCUCACUCACAAACCAAACCAUUCAUUUCAUUUCAUAUAUAACCUCUCACCCUUCACUUCUUUACACUCAUUCUUCCUCACAAUUUCAUCAACAAUGGAUAAUCAAAAUGACAGAACUAUUCCUCUAUGUUUUGUCUUCAUGUUUCUGUUUUUCUCCGGUAUCCCCUUCGCCGGAGCACAAUCAGUCGACGGUAAAACAAACGACGACAACUAUUACAACCGGGUAAGCCCCUCCAUGGCGAUAAUAAUUGUCAUACUCAUCGCGGCUCUCUUUCUGAUGGGAUUCUUCUCAAUCUACAUCCGUCAAUGCGCUGAUUCACCUUCAAACAGCAUCCGCAACAUAGCUGGAGUCACAGGACGAUCACGACGCGCGGCGCGUGGUCUCGAUGCUUCGGUCAUUGAAACAUUUCCGAUCUUUGAAUACUCGUUUGUGAAGAUUCACAAAAUUGGAAAAGGUACUUUAGAAUGUGCUGUGUGUUUGAACGAGUUCGAAGAAACUGAAACGCUGCGUUUGAUUCCGAAGUGUGAUCACGUGUUUCACCCAGAGUGUAUUGACGAGUGGCUCGGUUCUCAUACGACUUGUCCGGUUUGCAGAGCCAACUUGGUUCCUCAACCUGGUGAAUCGGUUCAUGGAAUCCCGUUGUUGAAUACCGAACAGCAAGAUAUCGAGGCUCAAAACGACGUAGUUGAGUCUCUUCCUGAAAAUGAUGGUUCUGUUAAAGAGUCAACCGAACCGGAAGUGUUGAGCGUUAAAGAGACGCUGAACCGGAACCGCACGAGAGGCUCCCGGUCUGGUAGGCCACGUUGGUUUCCGCGGUCUCAUUCGACCGGCCAUUCGUUGAUUCAACCGGGUGAGAAUACUGAACGCUUUACUUUGAGGCUGCCUUUAGAAAUGAGGAAACAGAUAUUGCAGAACCCGGAAUUGCAUCGGGCUAGAAGCUUGGUUGCGUUGCCAAGAGAAACUAGUUCGCGGAGGGGAUAUCGAACCGGUGGUGGGGAGGGGAGUAGCAGAGGGAAGUCCGUAAGAGGGUUGGACCGGGGUUUUAAAUCAGACCGGUGGGUUUUCACCAUGGCGCCUCCUUUUCUUGUGAGAGCGUCGUCGAUUAGGUCACCGAGGGUGGCUAAUAGUGCUGGGGAAGGUACUUCCGCAACGGCGGCGGCUGUUGACUCACCGCGCCCUCCGGUUUGACUUACUGCUUCUACCUGCACUCCCGAUGCUUACGAUUUUAUUGUAUUUAUUUUAAUUUUUUUAUAUCUCGAAUUAGUUUUUGUUUUAGUUAAAAUUUAUAAAAUGUGUAUAAUGUAGCACAUUAUUAUCUUAAGAUAAAUAUAGUCAUGAUAUACUGACAAUUUCAUGACCA